CGCAAGAGCGUCUAGACAUAAUGUUCGCAAGUACCGGAGCUGGCAACCAGCCGCAGCGGCAAGUGGACAAAGCUAAGCGUGCCGCCCUCAUCGACACAGCUAGGGCUGAGCGGGACAGGCUGUGUAGCGUCACGAUAGCCGUUACAGGGUCGCGUUUUGCGGGAGGAUUCGGUGGAUUACCCGUCGCCUGCUGUUGUGCUGAUGUGGAUGUGGAUGUACAUAUCUAGAUGUGUCUAGUAUAAUCAAGUGUUUUGGUUGUCUCACUGUCUUGCCGGCUAUGUC